AACGAAUUACAGCCACAAACGCCCAUGUUCCGCUGGUCCAUGACAUUCCAUGAGGACGCAAUGUCAAGGCUGCACAUUUCCGUUCUAUCCAAAUCCACUGCCUCCCACGUAAAUGCAAUGACCAGUCCCUUCCCACAAACAUAACCUUAGCUUCAACGAAAGAACACACUCAUCAAUCAUCAAUGGCUUCUUCUCUGAAUUUAACGACCAUGUCUUUUAAUUUACCCUUUUGCCAUUCUUACCACUCCUCCUCCACUCGACUCUCGCGCGACUCACUCCAACUCCCCCAAUUCAACAAGUUGGGCAAGGCCUUGAAACUGAGUUCCACUCAGAACAUUUCUGGGUUCCCUUCAUUUGUUUCCUAUAAGCUUUGCACUAUCACCCCUGCCCCUCAAAGACUCCAAUCUCUCACUGUCUUUGCUGCUAAAGGCUACAAAAUGAAAACCCAUAAGGCUUCUGCAAAGCGAUUCCGUGUAACAGGAAGAGGGAAAAUAGUUAGGAGGAGAGCUGGGAAGCAGCAUUUGUUGGCUAAGAAGAACACCAAACGUAAAUUGCGCCUUUCCAAGAUGCAUGCAGUUAGCCGGAAUGACUAUGACAAUGUGAUUGGUGCGUUGCCUUAUCUCAAAGUAAAUAGAAAUGCUAAGUAAAGAGAGUGUCUUCAAGUGUCAUGUGAGGAGUUAAUUAUUUUGUUACCUUGUAAUUUCUCACAAUUAUGUCAGAGAAAAGUUUGUUGAUUGUUUUAAUUUCUAAUUUGAAUUUUAUUUUUUUCCACUCAUGUUGAUGCUCAGAACCCAGUUUACGACAUCACACAAAUAAAUAUUACAUGCAUCAAAUGCCGAUUCCUUGGAUGGUGGAUGCUUUGGGGUUUAAAAAAAAGGCUUAGGCCAUCCAUAAGGAUCCUCAAUCAUUUCUGUUCUAAACAAAAGGGAUAGAAUGGUUCAUGACAUCUCUUGUAUUUGCUUUGUUAUGUUACUGUUGUGUGAAGUCUACCUUUUCAUU